UUAGGUCUGAUUUGAAGGUUUUUAGAUGGAAUUCAGUUUAGGCUUUAUGAAGGAUUUUUUUUCUUUUUGGGAGUGUAGUUAUAAGGCCAGAUUGUGACAGUGGGACAGGAGGUAUAGCAAAUAGAUUCACUAAAUCUGAAGAUAUCAAUUCUUCCAAGGUUCCCUCAGGCUUUACUCAUGCUUUUAACUAAAUCUGAAUAUAUAUAUUCAUCUUGGGCAAUAUCCGAGCCCUAACGAUCAUGGCAUUCUCUUAAAGAAAUCAAAUAGAUGCUAAAGUUGACAUCAGAGAAGGUGAUCUUCUCUUUACUAAACAUGCACUGAUGCAGUCUCAGGGUCUUAGUGCCCUGACAGACCAUUAGUAGUUUGAACAUCGUCUUAGGACUGAUCCAUAGAUCGUGUAUCUUCACAUUUCCGAUAGACCUCGACAGUAAGUUGAACAGUAACCUUUUGUUUGGAAUCUUAAAGUUAUUUCUCGUAACUUCUGAUACAGAGUAACGAAAGAGAUGCUUCAUUUGGAAUGAGCAGGAGAUAUCUUUAAGCUCACUGAAAACCCCAUUCUUACUAUUGUCUAGCAGCAAUCUUAGACUCCUAUUUCUCUUUCGGAGUAGGUAUACGGAAAUCGAUUCUUUUGAUCUUUUUAGGUCUCAGCUUAAAAUCUCUUGAGACAUAUUUACUUAGUGGUAAUAAAGAAAUAGCGAUGAUUUUCUCAGCUUUAGUCCAGUUAUAUUUCCUGAAUCCCCAGACUCUGAAGCAUGACUCUCUAGUAAAGUUCAAGGUGUGGGUAGAUCCAAACUCGUGCUCAUAAUCUCUGAUUGCUAUCUCU